CUAACUUUUUUCUCGGAAGGGAUAACCUGUGAUAAACAUAAUCAUAAACAUAAUCCUUUACGAACUGAUGACAGCGUAGCGUAGGAAGUACAGAGUCACCUUCUUGAUACCAAGUCGGGCCAGCCAGCACUAUUAAAGCACUAUCGAACACAACUAUCGAACCGCGGCCCAUCUCUCUACAAUUAUUUAAAAGUUUGACAGACACCUGAUGACUGACUUAUGUUUUGACACUGACAGUUGACAACCGGUGGUAGUGUGGAAAAGUGGACACGACACGGUGGAUUUUUAAGCUGGAAUUUUUUAUAUCUACGGUAUUUUGAUUAUCAACACGCUUAUAAAAUGCCAAAGAAGAAAACCGGUCAAAGAAAGAAAGCUGAGAAGCAGCGUUUGAGACAAAAGGAGAUUCGAACAGCUAAGGAAAAUAUACAACUAGCGGAGCACCCAUGUAACAUCCCUAUGGAAUGUGAAAAGUGCCACAGGAAACAGAGGAAUAGAGCCUUUUGCUACUUUUGCCAAAGUGUUCAGAGGUUACCAGUUUGUGCCCAGUGUGGUAAAAUGAAAUGCAUGCUGAAAACUGGUGACUGUGUAAUUAGGCACCCUGGUAUCUAUACUACAGGAAUGGGCAUGGUAGGUGCCAUCUGUGACUUUUGUGAAGCCUGGGUAUGUCAUGGACGCAAAUGCCUUCAAAGCCAUGCGUGUACUUGUCCUCUGCAAGAUGCCACUUGCAUAGAAUGUGAAAGGGCUGUCUGGGACCAUGGAGGUAGAAUAUUCAAGUGCUCUUUCUGUACAAACUUUCUUUGUGAAGAUGACCAGUUUGAACAUCAAGCUUCCUGCCAGGUGCUUGAAUCAGAAAAUUAUAAAUGUCAGUCCUGCAACAAAUUGGGGCAGUAUUCUUGCUUGAGAUGCAAAACCUGUUAUUGUGAGGAUCACGUCAGAAGGAAAGGAUUCAAGUAUGAGAAGAACAAGGCUAUUCCCUGCCCAAAAUGUGGAUAUGAUACCUCUCAGACCAAGGAUCUGAGCAUGUCUACCCGCAGCCACAAGUUCGGCAGGCAGGGUCAAGCUUCGUACUAUGACGAGGACGAUGACGAUACUGGCGCUGGCGGUGGUUAUAGUUACGGCAGUUACGGAGAUUAUGCAGAUGACAAUGCUUAUGGUGAUCAAGAUGACGACGAGGAUGAUGACGACUACGAUGAAGAUGACGACGAUGAUGAUGAAGAGGAGUCCACAGAAGAAAGUUCUGAGGAAGAGGAAGAAAAACCAAGUGAUGGAAAGGAUGCCAAGAAGUAGGAUGUUGUGGCUGAGAAUUAGUGGAAAAUUUCAGUUUGGGUCCGACCGAAGCUUGGCCGAAGAUUUUGAAGAAACUGUACUCACGAAAGUUUUACGUGUCUCCUACUGAGGGAGUGAAAAAUGCUUAUAAUCUUGGUUAACGAAUGUAAGUGCAAUUGAAGUACUUUUUAGAACGUGCUGAGGAACAUAUAGGCUGUUAUAUUAGUCCAUUCUUCUGUGCUACGUUACUAGCAAUAAACAUUUUUUGUCGGAUAUUUAAUCAUACAGGACAAAGAUAUGAAGAUAAAAGAUCCAGUUUAAUAUAUUGUGCUGUCACAAUCACAAUUAUGUAUAUUAUCAAGAGUUAUUUUUAUUAUUUUAGUAUAAUUUGUCUUCUAAUUUUAAUACAGGUUUGAGCUUACAACUUACAAAAAUUAUGUUUAUAACGCGAUGCACGUUUUUGACUAAACAUAAGGCUUAGGCCGAAAGUUGUGUUGAAUGCUGAAUCGGCUUCUGCUUUUAAACUCUAUUUCACGAGUAUCCAUCACGUUUUGACGUCUGCCGAGGUGAACAGCUCAGCAAGUGACAUCUUUGUAUUAGUCUGUAACCUUGGUCACAAUGAAUCGGGUGUAAAUGUACUAAAAGUUGCUUGUACGCAAAUGAACUUUUCUGAAUGAAAGGAGUUGUUAGCAAUUACAAAAUGAAUCUGUAGCAUACACAAAGUCAAAACAUAACACGACUCUGUCUACUUGACGUUGACGGAUAUUCGUCAGAAUUAUGUGGCAUUUAUCGAUAUGGCGAGUUUCGAAAUAUUACUAGAUAACCAGCUGUCAUUCUACCGUAAUGAAUACUCGUGAAAAAAUGAAUACAAAAAAAUGUUGUUCGCUCGGACCCUACACGACACACUAAUAACUUUUAUUUUAUAACAUUCAAAGUGUGAUCGACCUUGGUAUAUAAUUGUAUUGUAUUAUUAAAAAAGAUUGCGCGUAUUCUCAAAUAUGAUUAAUCCUCUUUGCCGCUCACUAUCCAUUGUCAUUAGGUCUUUAAAUAGAACAUAUAUCCAAUUAGAUAUGAACAACUUGAAAUAACAAGAUUUCCCACACGUCAAUAAAAUGUGUGGCAUUCGUUGUUACUACAUGGCGGAAACGCGUUUAGUGACUGUCAAAUAUUCCUAACUGUCUCAAAGCAACUUGAAGUUACAUUUCUUGACACUGAAUGUAGUAGUCCUUUAUUUAGAAAAAAAAAUUCUAAUUUCAACAACAACAACAACUGGUAGAAUUACAGCAUUUCACAAGUACAUACAUAUGUAUAUAUUCAAAUAUAAUAAAUUUAACAAAUUCUGUCAGAUCUUAUGUGUUUGAUAAAUGCUUUCUUGAAAUACCCGACUGAGUCGGCGUUUUUUAUUUGCUGGGGCUGGGGCAUUCACAUAGACCUUUGUACGUUAUUGUUUUCAUUGUACUCUUCAUAUUUGUUUUAUUUACAUGGAAAUGAG